UUUUCAAAAACAUCGGCAACAAAAGAAUCGGCAUGAAACGAUUAAUAUCAUGUGAAAUGUUUUUUACAAUUGUUACAUUACUCACUCUAAAUGGAUUUUUCAUUGCAAAUACAUCACAAUUUACAGACGAUGAAAACCUCAACAUUGGUUAUUACAUCGAAUCGCAGCAGAAUGAAACUUUGUCAUACGCACAGGAUCGAGAUAUGCCGAAAUUCGGUGAAUCAAUGCACAACAUGACAAUACCUGUAGGACGUGAAGCGAUACUCGCGUGUGUCGUCGAUAAUUUACAAACGUACAAGAUUGCGUGGCUCCGCGUCGACACUCAAACAAUAUUGACGAUACAAAGUCACGUUAUAACGAAGAACCAUCGUAUGAGUAUCGCUCACGUGGAGAAACGUGCGUGGGUUCUCAAAAUCAAAGACGUCAAGGAGUCUGAUCGCGGGUGGUACAUGUGUCAAAUUAAUACAGAUCCAAUGAAAUCACAAACAGUAUUUUUAAAUGUUGUAGUGCCUCCUGAUAUCCUCGACUAUCCAACAAGUACUGACAUGGUAGUGCGGGAAGGUAGUAAUGUAACGUUAAGAUGCGCGGCAUCAGGAUCGCCGGAGCCCGUUAUAACGUGGCGUCGCGAAAACGGUGACCCAAUUGCGCUAUCAACUGAUGUAGAAGUUACAAGCAUUAAUGGCUCCAUUUUUACAAUAUCACGUGUUAAUAGACUCCAUAUGGGCGCCUAUUUGUGCAUCGCCUCCAAUGGAAUUCCUCCGACUAUCAGCAAACGCGUCAUGUUGAUAGUGCAUUUUCCGCCGAUGAUUUGGAUACAAAACCAGCUGGUAGGCGCGGCAUUUGGUCAACGCGUGACUCUGGAAUGUCAUUCCGAAGCAUAUCCCAAGUCAAUUAACUAUUGGAUGAAAAACGAGACGAUCAUCACGCCGGGAGGUCGUUACGAGCCAUCGAGCUACGAAAAGGAGUACAAGGUAGUGAUGAAAUUAACCAUAAAACCUGUUGACGAAAGUGACUUUGGGAAUUUCAAAUGUAUCGCCAAAAAUUCGCUCGGCGACACCGAUGGCAGCAUAAAAUUGUAUCAUUUGCCUCAAUCAACAAUCGUUACAACUGUGUCAACAACGACUGCAAUGGAUCCGCUGACGACAAAUGUUGUGCAACAACAUAUAAAUGACAAUUUUGUCGAUAGAAAUCUGCACAACACUAAUAAAUCACCAUGGAAUAUGUCAAAUGCUUCAUCAAAUAAUAAUUUAUUUGGUGCAACGUCUGGCUUAUGGAAUACACUUGAUGGUAGUAGUGGUAUUAGAGAUAGAGAACAUCGUGAUCGCACGAGCGAACGCAAGAGGAACAACAAACAAAACGCAGCUGGCAAGAAUCAAGACGCAUCACGUGAUAACGAAAUUCUAAAUGCAGCGGUGACACUUUCGACGUCAAAACUCAUCGUUGGCAUCGUUCUCACGACAAAUUUCCUUUUGUUUCGACGUACGACCUUCCUGAAUGUACUCGUGUAGCUUUAGCGUUGAAAUUUCAAAAAAAAAAGUAUUAUGUGAAGUAUAAAAAAAGUUAGUUAAUA